AUGAAAGAACCACAGCCCGAGAUCCGGUUUCAUCAUUUUAGCCAUGAUCAUCCAUUGGAACUUACCAAUUCACCUCCUAAAGAAAACAUCACAUGCUUUGGGUGCAAGCUCAACAUGUUGUCCAGCACGAACUACUACAAGUGCAGAGCCUGCCCAUUUUGGCUCCACCAUGUGUGCUACAACAUGCCCAGAAAUGUGCAACACCCUGCUGAUCCAGACCACCAACUUACCCUCCUCGCGACGCCUUCUUCCACCAAAGGCUCCUUCAAAUGUAAGGCUUGUGGACACUAUGUUACCGGUUUCUACUACAAUUGUGACAUGUGUGGUGACUUCUAUCAUGCAUUGUGCUCAGCGGUGCCUCUUUCUGUUAACACCCCUUUCCACCCCCAUACACUCAGACUAGAAUUCUCACCACCAUAUGAAUUCCAAUGUGAUUUAUGCAGCACACCAGGUAAUAACUGGUGGCUGUAUCAUUGCGAAUUUUGUGAAUUUGAUGCCCAUCUUGCAUGUGUCAUUAGCAACAAAGGGGCACAAUUGCUUCAACAUCAACCUGUGCCACAGUCCAACUCUUCAGAUAAUGAUCUAAGAGAAAGAAGUAAAGGCCAUGAACUAAUGGAGUUACUAAUACAGGGAGUGAAGGGCAUAGGGGAGAGGACUGGUCAAGAAAUUGUUCAAGAUCAAUCCAAAUUUCAGAAUCCAUCAAUCCCUCUUUCUGAGGAUCUAACAAUCUCAAGCUACCAGUUUAGUGAUGCAUGUUUUUCAAUAGAUUUUACUAAAUCUCUUCUAGGCGGUGAUCAGACUGACAUAGCUAGCAGGGAAUCUAGUCACUCUGAGAUGGACAAUGUGAAAGUCAAAGAAAAAGGAAGCUGCAACUAUACCAUCCUACCCAAUGGGAUCAUGGGCGAUUCAGAACAAGCUAAAAAAGACCCUGUUCGUGCUAAUAAGAUGGAUUUUGAGUCUCAUGAUAUAGGUUCAAAGAAUGGACUGAAUGUCGAAUUGUCUACCGGUAUUGGUUCUCACAUUUGGAUGGAAUUGGGCAAAGAAAAUGAAAAGAGAGAAGCAAAUGUAUCCAGGGUCAGAUCAGAUGUUACAAUUCAGAACACAAAAUCAAAUACUCUGGCUCAGGUUGGGACUCACAAAUUUGCUGCUUGUAUUGGAAAAUUGAAUGAAAACAUGCAAAAAGAGGCUUCUGGUUAUGUUCGGGAUGUUCUUGCUUCUAUUACCCGAGGAGACGUACUAAAAUCAUCAAGGAUGGAAGACAGUGAAGUUCAAUCCAGACUACAAGGCUAUCAUUGCCAGAAAAAGUAA